UGGUCUAACACGUUGCAUUCCAAAUCUUCUUCUUUCGAUUGUAGAGAAGCUUUAAUUUUUUGCUUUCAACUUUUAUCAACUACUUUCCAGCAAAACUCCAAAUAUUUGAAAAACUAGCAAAAGCAGCCAAAUUCUCGAUCAUAUUUCUAAUUUCUGCAAGGCUGGUAUUAGGGAAAUAAGGAGAAGAUAUAAUGGGUGAACAAAGUGAUAAUCCGUCACUAGAGACGCUCAAACUAGAACCAAUAUCAACACCAACUCUGAAUCCAGAAUCGACAUUAGAAGCCACACAUACACCAACUCAAGACUCAGAACCAGAACCACAUGUAUCAACAGAGCCCAAUCCCGAGCCUGAGCCAAUACCACAAACAGAAACAGAACAGGAACCAGAGCCUAUACUAACCUCACAUCCUCAAACAGAAACAACAUCAGAACUAGAACCAACAUCAACAGUAACUCCAAAUUCAGAUUCGGCAUUGGCCUCACAACCUGAAACCACACAUGCACAAACACACGAGACACAACCAGAACCACAUGUAUCGUUAGAGCCUGAGCCCGAGCCGAUAACUCAAACAGAAAUAGAACACGAACCGGGGCCUAUACCAACAACACAAAUACAAAUAGAAACAACAUCUCAACUAGAACCAACACCAACACUAGCACCAGCAACACCAACUCCACAACCUCAAACAGAAACGAAUGUAGAACCAGAGCCGGCAUAUCGACCAAAUAUAGAACUACUUUCUGAUGACAGAAGAACCGAGUACAUCAAUCUCUGUGUUCCUCUGUAUAAGGCAUCAAUUAAAGGAGAUUGGGUAGCCGCGGAAGUCAUCCUUCGAUCCCACAAACAUCUGGUACGGUGUGCUAUCACUGAAAACUGGGAAACACCACUCCAUGUUGCUGCAUCAGCUGAAAGCAAUACCAAAAGCACGAGUUUCGUGCAAAAUCUUGUGAAUAUGAUGCUUGAGAAUGAGUUGCUGCUUAAAAAUAAAGGCGGUGAUACUCCCCUUAAUUUGGCAGCUGCAGCUGGAAACGUCGAAAUCGCAAAGAUAAUGGUGCGAAAGAACAGUCUCCUGCCAAAUAUUCCUAACAAAAGUAAUAUGAUGCCUCUUUAUACCGCGGCUUUAUUUAGAAACCUUCAAAUGGUGACUUAUCUCUACGAAGUAUCCGUAAAAAUGAGUGAUCCUUGUUGGGAACAUCAAUAUAAGGUCUGGGUUUUCAUCAAAUGCGUUGAAGCUGAUUUCUUUGAUAUUGCUUUACAAAUGUUAAGAGACAACCCUCAAAUUGCUGAAGGCGGGGGUGGACUUGGUGCUUUAGCUGAGAAGCCGGACGCUUUUAUAGAAAUAAAACCAAAUAUCAUAUCGAGAUUAGUCAAUUCAGUAACCUGUGGCAAGUUGGGAUCUGCUACAAGGGAAUGUAAAGCCUUGGAAUUGUUAAGACAAAUUUGGACAAAUAUUGAGAAAAUGCCAAAGACUAAAAUAGAUGCAAUAUUGAGAGGCCCUGAGUUAGUGAUUAAUAAAAAGAGGACAUCUAAAUACCCAUCUCGAAUACUUUUUGUUGCUGCGGAAAUGGGCAACAUCAACUUUUUGGUUGAGCUCAUCAAUAGAUAUCCUGACCUUAUAUGGAAGCAAAAUGAUGAUAAACAGAGUAUCUUUCACGUUGCUGUCUAUCAUCGUCGUGAGAGUAUCUAUAAUCUUUUACACGAGAUAGGCUCAAUAAAGGCUCUUAUAUAUCCUAUGAGAGACAGAGAAGAUAAUAAUAUGCUGCAUUUAGCUGGAAAUAUUGCAAGCAAAAACCGUCUUGAGGAUGUGUCUGGGGUAGCUUUUCAAAUGCAACGUGAACUAUUAUGGUUUAAGGAAGUCGAGUCUAAGAUACCUCCUUAUUACACAGAACGAAGAAACCAAAAAGGCAAAACGCCACGUGAUCUAUUUACUGAAACCCACAAAGAAUUAGUUUAUGAAGGUGAGAAAUGGAUGAAAGGAACAGCUAGUAAAUGCAUGGUGGUGGCUGCACUUAUCGCCACUAUAGUGUUUGGAGUCGCUUAUACAAUUCCCGGGGGAUAUGACCAAACUAAUGGUUUUCCUAAGUUCCGUGACAAUGCACCCUUCAUAGUGUUUGUUAUGUUAGAUGCCAUUUCAUUAAUCUUGUCUUCCACUUCAAUCCUCGUAUUUUUAUCAAUUCUCACUUCGCGUUAUGCUCAAGAUGAUUUUAUAGAGUCACUUCCCAAAAAACUAAUGCUAGGUCUAUCAAUGCUUUUCCUCUCCAUAGUAACCAUGAUGAUUGCUUUUAGUGUCAGUUUCUUCGUGCUAUACGAUCAUAGGUACUAUCUCAUUAUAGCAGGUUGCAUUAGCAUACUUGCUCUUGUACCUAUCAUUUCAUAUGUCGUGCUACACUUUCCUCUUCUGGAGGACAUGUAUCAUUCAACAUAUGGGUCGAAAUCUCUCUUUAAGCCAAAGAAACAAAUGCUUUACUAUACAAAUCCAAGCGUUUAGUUGGUGUAUGCCGUUGUGAUCAGUUCUGAGUUUAAACUUUCAUUUAGAGAUUUUGUUUUGUAUUGAAACUCAACAUAAAUCCGAUAAUCCUAAUAAAAAUAUGAAAGGCAGCUGCGUUUCACUUUGAAUUAACGUUUCAAGUUAUAAAAUACUUUUUUCUAUUUUA